UCGUGAUUUUUUGUCUACGAUUUUAUUGUUUUGUUAAAUCAAAGUAAUGUUUCAGUAUGUUUUUAAUGUAGUAAAAUAUAAAAUUUCUUUCCAUGGACAUUAUAAUACAAUCGCACAAGUUUAAACAUGUGGUUAAAAUGUGUUAAAUGUUUUAUCUUAUUGGAAGUUGUAACUGCGUAAAUGGCUUGAAUAAUGUUGUUAUUGUAACCAUAUCGCUCGCGAUAGCAUGGCAGCGGCGAAUGCCGAGUCCGAGCGGGCUCGCUUGUAUAAAUUUGCCAAAAUAUUAACCCUGAAAGUGGCCCAAAUCGUCGUGCAAAGUAGAGAUGGCAAAAAGAUCACUCACGAGUGUUCUAACACGAAACCUUUGGACAACAGCGCCUUGUCAACGUCCCCAAGCAACUUACAAUGGUUUAACCUGUCCAUCCCCGACGAACCCGAAGUGAACUACGAUACGAAACGGAUACUCAAUGGCGAAGUGGUCACCGCUCUCACCAAUAUAUUGUGUAUUGAGAUAUCACUCAAAACCAUAGAUGGCGAUGAGAUGGUGCUAGAGUUGUGGACAGUGAAACUAGCCCCCUGCAUCGAAGCCCCGCUGACAUCCGUCUCCACGAUUUACUACAGGAUGAGCGUGAUGCUGAAAUCCACGCUGAGCAUUUCAAGGAUAACCCCCGCUUACAAGAUGUCCCGGGCACAGAACAAGGAGACCUACAAGAUGUACCACAAGAUCUACGGUGGACAGCCUAAUGUGGAUCUGUUAGGCGGCAACCACAAAGAGAUCAAAGUGAGCGAGCUCCACACGCCGAUAGGUACCAUCCUCAUCGAGGUCCGGUACCGCACGAAGAUGACCAUCCUGCCCGAGGACCGACUCAAGCCGGCGGACAUCCUCAACAGCAACGGGGGCAUUAUGGUGAAGAGCGACCACUUCCCGACUGAACCCAAACGCGAGAACGAGAGGAAAGGCAUAGACCUGAACAAGCCCCUGACGGCGGGCGCGUUCGUGGACGCCGACAAGAUGCGCGAGCUACACGCUAUGCUGCACCAGCAGCUGCCGCCGGAACCCGUCGGCUGGCUGCUGGAGCCCGACACGAAAUUAAAACUAUUGGCAGACGCACAGAAGUUGAAAGAGAGGAAAAAGGAGAUCCAAGGGCGGGACAGUGAGGCCCAGUGCAGCACGAGCAAGGCGAUAGAAGUGCCGCGGGCCCGGGACGGCGAGCGGUACAACACUCUCAUGGACUUCCCAUUCGCCGACGGCAGUCCGAUAACGGAACUGGCGAACUUCUACCAAGAGUGCGUGCACCUCCGCUCGUGCAGCGACGAGCUGGACAUACUAGCGGAGCCCGCGGACUCGGCCGACCUGAGCCAGCAGCUGAAGAUGUUCGAGGAGGCCGUGCCCGAGUUCGAUAACAUGGUCGCCUCCAUGUUCAGCGAAGACGGCGGGGAAUACUGAUUAUAAGCACAGAAUAUACAAUAGUACUAGUGUACAGAAGAUUCACUCCCUAACAAAACGUGUCUAGCAUCUACUACGCGCAAGGCGGCGCGAGCGCGAGCACGCGUCCGUUCCAUAGUGGUAACGAGGGCUACCGCGUUUAAUUUCGCCGCUAGGGGCGCUAGUGUAGAUGGAGGUCUUUCAAAAUGUCAAAUGCAUAUAAGUUUUGGGGGUUUCAUGCUUUUUUACUCCUUAUUUUCACUCCUUAUUCAUAAUUGUAGUAAAUUUUUGUCCAUCUUUGAUUAAUCAUGGUAAACAAUAGAUAUAACUCAAUAAAUGUUAGUGGUUUAAAAAAAGUGCCUAAUAAGAUAUAUGCAAAAUUAAACAGGUUGAAAGAAUAGCACAUUUUGACGCUAAAAUACCUUUGUGUAUAUAGAACGUAUUGAUUUUAUAAAAAUAAGCAUAGAAGGAUUUUGAGAUCUGCUUUUCUGGACCUACAUCCACAGUGGCGCCAACUGGUGACCGGAAAAACGGUAGCCCUCAUUACUAUGGCAAAACCUCAAAAUUGAGGCGGCCGCAGGUACUUGUAGCGACGCGACGAAAUCGCGGAGUGAGACCACGCCUUUUAUAAGUGUUAGAAAAUCUUGAUGGCUUUAUAAAGGUUUUUUGUUGCGUUCGGUAACUAAGUGGAUCAACUUUUUUUGUUUUAUUACGCAGUAGGGAUGUUACGGAGCACCGGUUCCGGUUCCGUUAAGUCGGAACUUCCGAUUGGUAUUACCAAAGAGGAUGUAUAAUAGAAUAGAGCAUGUCAUAGUAAAUUUAUUAGUCACAGUAAAUUCACUGCCAUCUAUCGACACACGAUUAAAACUAAAAAUGAAGAUGUAUAAAAAUACCAUAAAAUGUAUUUAUUUAUUUUUUAUUUAUUUAUUGAGAAACAAACAGUCUUAAAAUAAACAUAAGCAACUUAGCUAAUAGCUACAAAUUGAUUUUUUAUAGACCUAUAGUUUCCUAAUUCACAUAUCGAGGUACAAUAAAAAAGUAUUUAUAUAUGGAUAAAUGAUUUUUUAUUUGCAUUAAUUAUUUUUAUAUGAUUUUGACCCAUGUCCUUUCACUGAUAUGCGUUAAAAUUGUUAAAUAACAAACGAAACCGUCAACCGCCAUCUAUUCGAGAGUAGGCCAAAGGUAGUGGCGCCAUUUGAUCAAAUUUUCUUGAUUUUCGAGGCACUUUUUUUCCUUAGACUGUAUCCAUCUAUUACCGAGUUAUAUCUAUCUUUGGUAUUACACAUCCGCUUCGGUCCCGGUUCCGUUACUUUUGAAUCGGAUGUCAAAGCUUAGAGCGGCGUCGGGACAGGAACGGCGUACAUCAAACCACAAACAAGUUUAUACCCGUAAUUCGCUCAUCUACCCGCUUGCCACAUGCAUUUCAUUUUCAAUAGACCUACCCUUAACAUCUCGUCCACCUCUCAGUCAGGUUCCGGUUCCGAUUCCGUUUCUAGUUCCGAUAAACUAAAUUUAAAACAUCUAGUUCCGCUUUCGGAUCCGAUAAAACCAGAUCCGUUACAUCCCUGUUACGCAGCAUAGGCUUACCCUUUGACCGCCAAAGACGACCUGACGCGCGCCGCUACAGCCCAAUAACAACCUUCCUGCCAAUAAGGCUCACGAUGGCGCGCCGCGCACGAUACGUUCAAAGGGAGGAAAAAUGUAGGUUUGAUUAUUUGAAAUACUAUAAAACCAGGGUUAUACCACAGCGCGGACACGCUAUAUAUCAAAAAUCACUUGCGUUUCUAUGUGUGAACGCCACGUCUGUACACGCGGCAUGCCUCAUAGUGUAAGUUGCUUGACAACAGUACUGAGUGUCCGGCAAACGGUCGUCAAUCUGCUGUCGCGGGGCGAGGUCGUUUGAGUCGGGGCGGGGCGGCGCAUGGCCGUUCUGUAUGAUAAUACCAUUACUUAUUCUGUGGUAAUACCCUCCUGAGUCCCAGAGGCGCUUAUAUAUAGGCUUUAUUCCAAAACGUAAUUUUAAUUUUGAAUAAGUGAAGGUUCCAAAUUCAAAAACGAAUCUAACGAUUCUGGGAGGAAGUGACUAAAAUGUUGAUUCACCUAACUAAGCUAAAACCAGUCAUAUGGAAUCAGUGAUAUGAAAAGGAUUUUAGCUGCACAGUGUUCGUUCGGUAAAUAAACGAAAACUGUUUUUAAAUGAGAGAACAGUGAGAAAAACAGAGCAUCCUAACUACUAGACAAUCGAGGUCACACUCCCAUAUAAAUUUUGUAUGGAAGCGCGACCGCUUAUGAGUCCCCGGCAAGCUCGGCCGAAUAACACCUUCCCAUACAAACGUAGUUCCGCUCUCAUUUUUAAACUACGUGUUGGAGUGUAAUGAAACUGCACAUACAAUGACGUGAGGUAUAUCUAGAUCUGUAAUUAGUUUAACUAUGGUAUCUGAAGCUACAUAAACUAAUUACGGACAUAGAUAUACCUUAUCCUAUUGUAAGUACAAAGUUUUAGAGCAAUCUAGCUAGUCGUUUUAAAAUGAGAGCGGAACUACGUUUGUAUGGAGAACCGAGCUUGCCGGGGAGUCUUAAUUUCAGUUGCUCCUACACGACCAGUACUUGUGUAAGUAAAAAUAUAUAUAAAAAUUAAGCUUUAGAACUCUUACGUCAAGUAGUAAAGUCGAUAUCACAUGAAUAACAACGAUUUAGAAAAAUAGGUAAUACUCCCAUAAGCAAGGACUGAAACGUAACUUUUUACAUAUACGCUGUCUUUAUUAAGUAUGGGUCUCUGCAAAAACUUUAAAAAUAGUCAUAUAAAUGUAUAGCUUGAAUAAAUAGAUAUUUAACCCUUUGUACGUGGCGCCUAUCGUGAACCUUAUGUGAAUGCAAGAAGGUUUAUAUUCGGCUGUUGCCGCGGGCGUAUUCUGAAGUCUUUGGCGGUCAAAUGGUAAAAAUAUAUAAGUAGGUAUAAUAUAUGUUCGCGAUGCACUGAAGCGAAUAAUAUUUUAUUAAAUAUGAAAUAUAAGCGAAGCGAUAUUUACUAAGCCAAUCUGUUACUGUUAUAGAAUUUGAUAUUUCAGUAAUAAAUUGUUAAUAAAAUACUAGCUUUAUUUUAAGUGGGUAUGUUAUUUAGUGAGUUUAGAUUGUCAGCAAUCAUUGCGAGAAAAGCUCGAAAUAUCAGUGGAGUUACGGACGUAACUCGAUCCUCCUCUCCCACCGGCUUUUCACGUACCUGGCGAAGACACAGGUUACUGCCGGCCUUAUCUCGAAGCGUUUCGUUGUAUUAUAAACUGAAAUACAACGCUCACGUGAAACCCGGAAGAUUUUAACCACGCAUUUCUGAGGUCAUAAGAAGGAAAAAAUGUUAUAUGAGUUUAGGUCAAUUUCGUCAAAAAAAAAUGUUUUUCUUUUUAAAGAUUUUUUAAAUGUAUUUGUACAUAAAAAAUAGUAAAAAGUAAAUGUUAUUACUUUUUUAGUAAAACUAUCAAUUAAUUGAUACUCUUUUUUUCGUAAAAUCUAUUUUUUUGCAGUGUUUCUUCUUGACACUUUUUGAUAUCUGUCCAUAAGGAUAUUUAGACUAGGUCCUACUAGGUCCCAUAGUGGCAAGUUUGCCAUCAAAAAGGCGUUUUGCACUUUUGUAACAAUAGUAAUUUGUAUUAACUCUGAAAACUAGGCGAAUCCCAGAAAAGUUUAUAGGACAUUUUAGUCUUUAAAUAUGAUCAGAAAUACACUGUUAAAAAUCUUUCGGGUUCCUCGUGAGAGUAUUGAUGUCAUAUAGGUACUAAAGAAAAAGCGACCAAGCCACAUCCAGUGACCGAGGCUGGAAUAAUUUUCGUUGUACAGUCAAACCUUGUCAGUACCUUGUCACAAUGACAAUCAAUAUGAAAGUCACUGAGACCUUUUACUAUUGUCACUGUGACAAAGUACAAAAUGGGUAGGAAAUUAAAUAACUUUACUGUACAUAUUUACAAACCCUCAAUGUUUCGGUUUGGUUAAUACUAGAGAACUAUAGUCUGCAUCUUCUCAAAUGAUUUUUUUUUUCCCCAGAGACCCUAAUCUGUUAUUAAAAGCCUUUGUUCCUUUUGUGCGUGCGUUUGUGGGCGCAUGCCACUCGCUGAUGCACAAUGGUCCCGCGCUCACCAACAACGGGUACGCGCACGCAGAAAAGGAACAAAGGCUUUUAUUUAACAGAUUAGGGUCUUUGGCGAAAAAAAAUCAUUUGAGAAGAUGCAAACUAUAAUUGUUUGGGAUAUGUUUGACUCCCCGCCACUGUAAGGUAUAGUCAUUAAUGUAAUUCACUAGUUAUUACACCACCGAUAUUGUUUGUUCAAUGUUUGUACUUAGCUCAGUUAUGUUAAAAUCCCAGCUUGUAUGAAUCAAUCUACAGGUUGGGUAAAAAAUGUGCAUUCCCGUUGCCAAGGAGGUUUUGGGAUUACACUGACCAACUUUUACUAUGGGACCAACCCCGAAAUCGCGAAAAAAAAUUGGCUUUCAUACAUUUUGGCUGGUUCAUUUUCUAUGGGAGAGUAAAAUCUUUUUUUCGCGAUUUCGGGGUUUGCCUAUAGUAAAAGUUGCUCAGUAUAAUCCCAAAACCUCCCUGGCAACGGGGAUGCACUUAUUUUUUAUUCAACCUGUAUAUAUCUUGGUAUUAUGCUAAAGAUUAUAUUAAUUAUUUGUCACACUGAAUAUACUCAGAAGACACGAGUGAUUCGGUCAAAUUAUGUUUUUUUGAAAAACAAACUAUAUCCAUAUUGAAACUAAUACAGUCCUUUACCAGACCUUUAAUACAGACCUUUGGAAAUGGUGCUUUACGCACACUUGCGUCCGGUUGCCUCCCCCUGAGGCAACCCCCCUUUUAGCAUUAAAUAUGUCCCGGUUGAGUUUUUUUUUUCGGGAAAAGUACACAUUUUAGGAAUAAAGUGACAAUGAAAGAAAUAAUCCUUAUUGAAUUCCUAACAAAAGAGGUUAUGUUAAUUUUUUGGAUAUGAUGCACCAUUUUUAUGUUAUAGCUAGAUUAACUUCGACAAAAUUUAGCUGUUGAACAAGCUGGUUCUCCCUAUACGAUUUCUUUCAGUACUAUGUUAUAUUGAACUUCAACAAGUUAAUACAUGAAUAUGGUGAGUCUUACCAAAAAAAUACAUAUAACCUUUUCUGUUUAGAAUUUAUUAAGGAUUAUUUCUUACCUUGACACUUUUUUCCUAACUCUAAUACUUUUCUCAAAAAUGAAGAAAAAAUCACCACCGGGACAUAUUUCAUACUAAAAGGGCCGGGGCGGGGGUUGCGUCAGGGGGACGGCAUACAUUACAACAUAACGACCGAAUCAAAAUCAAAAAUAUUAAAUAUGCUCAUUGAUACCUUAUGUUACAAGAUUGUAAACGAUAUAAAAUAUUCAUAAAUAAUAAAUUAUUUAUUAUGUUACAUUUAUAAACGUCUAUAAACUGUUAUAGACCUCAUAUUCUAAGGUCUGCAUGAUUUUGUGACUCCCAAAUUGAUACUCAUAUGUCAUCAAUUUGAGUUACGAAAAAAAUUUUUUUUA